GAAACCUAAACCGGACGAGACGUAUACUGCGUGCGCUCUAACGCGGUCUUAACGCACUCGCGGUGUCUGGCGUGUUGCGCACCGUUUGAAGCUGAUGCCGUUUGCUCGCUUCGGUCGAGGUGAUCUAGUAGUCCUGCGUUGGUUGAGCGCCGUAAUGAACUGGAGAACAGAGUGCGAAAAUCCUGCAUACUACGAUCGGUAGUGUCGAACAGAACAGUAUUCGUCCAGAACCGGGACACCACCAUUCCGUCCAGUGUUUUCUUUGCCAAUGGUUCGUGCUGCGAUCGUUUAGUGAUAACAGUGAUAGUGCACCAAAGUAUUGACACUUGAGUGGCGAUCUACUAGAUCCAUUUAGACUUCCCGAUCGCGCGAGUGCCCAGCUAAAGAACCGCAAUGGAUGUCACUUUUAAAAACAUCAGCUACACGGUGUCCACCGGGAAGCGGGAGAAAAAGCAUGUCCUCAACGGAGUGUCGGGGAAGUUUCAGUCCGGCGAGCUGACCGCCAUCAUGGGUCCUUCCGGUGCCGGUAAAUCGUCACUGCUCAACAUCCUGACCGGUUACACAACGCAAGGCGUCAAGGGAACGCUGUCCUUCGGUAACGCGGGUGGCACCAACCGGAAGCUGUGCAGCUACAUCCUACAGGAAGACUACCUGCAGCCGCUCUUCACCGUCCACGAAAUCAUGCUGAUGGCUUGCGAUCUGAAGGUUGCGUCCGAAAGUCUUAACCGCACCGAAAAGCACCGGCUGGUUGACAAAAUUCUCGACACACUGCAGCUGAGCUACUGCAAGCAGACGCGCUGUGGCAGCCUGUCCGGUGGUCAGCGGAAGCGACUAUCCAUCGCCCUGGAGCUUAUCGAUAAUCCACCGAUCCUUUUUCUGGACGAACCCACGACUGGACUCGACAGUUCGUCCUCGCUGUACACGAUAAAGCUGCUGCAGGGGCUGGCGCGUGAGGGGCGCACCAUCGUCUGCACGAUCCACCAACCGUCCGCCACCGUUUUCGAGAUGUUUGACCAUGUCUACGUCCUGGCCGAGGGCAACUGCGUGUACCAGGGUUCGGCCCUCAACACCGUGCCCUACCUGCGCUCGGUCGGACUACACUGUCCACCGUACCACAAUGCGGCCGAUUACCUGCUGGAGGUGACGAACAAGGAGUACGGGAACUUCACCAAAGCACUCGCCCACGCGUCGUCCGAUCCGAGCUGGCGCCUGGCCCCGGUGGUGGCCCCCGGCCGGCUACCGGCACACCCGCCCACCUACGACAGCAACCACAACAACGAUCCGGCGUUACCCAGCCCUCCGCCGACACCGGCGCUUCCGGUGAAACCAGAGCCACCCCAUCGCAAACCGUCCGAGUUCGCCAAACUGUUGAUCCUGAUGAAGCGCGCCAACAUCCAGCUGUACCGGGACUGGACGGUGACACACCUGAAGCUGUUCGUGCACAUCGUGUGCGCGGUCGUGAUCGGUUUGCUGUUCGGUGACUCGGGAAUGAACGCCACGAAAUCGAUCUCCAACGUGGCCUCGUUCAUGGUCCACAUCCUGUACCUGUGGUACACGACGCUGAUGCCGGGUGUGCUGAAAUACCCGUACGAGAUGAACAUCCUGCGCAAGGAGUCCUUCAACCGGUGGUACGAGAUACGGACGUACUUCUUGGCCUCGAUGCUGACAUCGCUGCCGGUGCAGAUAUUCUUCGCCGUUGUUUACGCGGCCAUCGUGUACGGGAUGACGUACCAACCGUGCGAGCUGGAGCGCUUCCUGAUGUUCACCGCCGUGCUCGUCCUCAACACGAUCGUCGCGGAUGGGUUCGGGCUGUUUCUCGGUACAUUCCUGAACGAAAUCAACGGAACGUUCAUCGGUGCCAUCAUGACCUGCUUCAUGUUUGUGUUCUGCGGUUUCCUCAUCAUGUUCAGCCACAUGUCGGACGCGAUGCGGGGCAUCAGCUACCUGUCCGCCCACCGGUACGGCUUCGAGGCGCUGGUGCUGACCGCUUACGACGACAACCGGGCCGACCUCCGGUGUCCGGACGACGAGAUGUACUGUCACUACGUGAAAGCCAACACCAUCCUGCGGGAGCUCGGCGUGGCGUCCGGCAACUACCUGUUCAACGUCGUGACUCUCGUGGUGCAUUUCGUCGCCAUCAAGGUGGUCAGCUUCUGGACGCUCAAACACAAGCUAAAGAUGGGCUAAUGAGGGUGGACCCCACACCCCCUCCCCUCUCCACGGCUGGACCAGCAACAAUCCGGUACACACAGAGACACUUUGACACACGACUUAAGGACGAAGGCGCAGCGGAAGCUGUGGAGAUAGACAUUAAGAACGUAACCGUGGAAUGGAUUGUGAUUAAUAUUUUAAUGUGUAUUUUACGUACUUUAAACUUUUUACCACACAACCACAUACACAGAUACUCGGUUCGGUAGCAUUCAACGUGCAACGUGACAGCAUUUUACGGCAACGGCUAGAAGUGGUACAAAUGAAGUGACGCAGAGACCGUGGUCAGUUACAU